GCGCUUGGUAGAUCAUGACUGUAGGUUCGGUGGCGUCCUUCACCGGACUGCUCUCCCGGAGGUUCCCCUAAGCAGCCAGUGUUUUUCCAUGAGUACUUUCGGGAAACAUGGCUAAUAUUAAUUUCAAAGAAGUAACCUUAAUUGUCAGCCUGGUGACUGCCUGCUAUUGGAACAGCCUUUUUUGUGGAUUUGUCUUUGAUGAUGUCUCAGCCAUACUGGAUAAUAAAGAUUUACAUCCAUCUACACCUUUAAAAACUUUAUUUCAGAAUGAUUUCUGGGGAACUCCUAUGUCUGAGGAGAGAAGCCACAAGUCUUACCGGCCCUUAACAGUAUUGACAUUUCGCUUAAAUUAUCUGUUUAGUGAACUGAAGCCAAUGUCAUAUCAUCUCCUAAAUCUUAUUUUUCAUGCUGCGGUCAGUGUGAUAUUUCUUAAAGUUUGCAAACUUUUUCUGGACAACAGGAGUAGCAUGAUUGCGUGUUUACUUUUUGCGGUGCAUCCAGUACAUACAGAAGCUGUAACAGGUGUUGUAGGCAGAGCAGAACUUUUGUCAUCUAUCUUUUUUCUGGCUGCAUUUCUGUCAUACACCAAAUCAAAAGGACCAGAUAAUUCCAUAGUGUGGGCUCCAAUUGCAUUGACUGUAUUUUUAGUGGCUGUUGCAACACUGUGUAAAGAACAAGGAAUAACGGUUGUAGGAAUUUGCUGUGUGUAUGAAGUUUUUAUUGCCCAGGGGUAUACUCUACCCUUAUUAUGUUCUACUGCUGGACACUUUCUCCGUGGAAAGACUAGUGUUCCAGUUUCUAUGAUGCAGACCCUGAUAAAACUCAUUGUUCUGAUGUUCAGUACGCUGUUACUUGUUGUGAUUAGAGUCCAGGUCAUUCAGUCCCAGCUGCCAGUAUUCACUAGGUUUGACAAUCCAGCUGCAGUAAGCCCCACUCCUACAAGGCAGCUAACCUUUAACUACCUCCUUCCUGUGAAUGCUUGGCUCCUGUUAAAUCCUUCAGAACUGUGUUGUGAUUGGACAAUGGGAACAAUACCACUUAUAGAGUCAUUUCUAGAUAUUCGAAAUCUUGCCACAUUUUCUUUCUUUUGUCUUUUGGGAGUUUUGGGAGUAUUCAGUCUACUCUACCCUGGUGAUUCUUCUAAAACUGUCUUAAUGGCACUUUGUUUAAUGGCACUACCAUUUAUUCCUGCAUCAAACCUUUUUUUUCCAGUUGGAUUUGUUGUUGCUGAACGAGUACUAUAUGUUCCUAGCAUGGGGUUCUGUAUUUUAGUAGCUCAUGGAUGGCAGAAAAUAUCAAACAAAAGUGUGCUUAAAAAGCUGUCCUGGGUUUGUCUGUCUGUGAUGAUAUUCACUCAUGCCUUAAAGACACUCCAUAGAAAUUGGGAUUGGGAAUCUGAGUAUACGUUGUUUAUGUCAGCCUUGAAGGUAAAUAAAAAUAAUGCAAAAUUGUGGAAUAAUGUGGGCCAUGCCCUGGAAAAUGAAAAGAACUUUGAGAGAGCUUUAAAAUACUUUGUACAAGCAACACGUGUUCAGCCAGAUGAUAUUGGUGCCCACAUGAAUGUAGGAAGAACUUACAAAAAUCUAAAUAAGACCAAAGAAGCUGAAGAGUCUUAUAUGAUGGCUAAGUCACUGAUGCCUCAAAUUAUUCCUGGUAAAAAAUAUGCAGCCAGAAUUGCCCCCAACCACCUUAACGUUUAUAUCAAUCUGGCUAACCUGAUCCGAGCGAACGAGUCCCGGCUGGAAGAAGCAGAUCAGCUGUACCGACAAGCAAUAAGCAUGAGGCCCGAUUUCAAGCAGGCUUACAUUAGCAGAGGAGAACUGCUUUUAAAAAUGAAUAAACCUCUGAAUGCAAAGGAAGCAUAUCUAAAAGCACUAGAGCUGGACAGAAAUAAUGCAGAUCUUUGGUACAACUUGGCAAUUGUUCAUAUUGAACUUAAAGAACCAAAUGAAGCUCUGAAAAACUUUAACCGUGCUUUAGAACUAAAUCCGAAGCAUAAGCUGGCACUGUUUAAUUCUGCUAUAUUAAUGCAAGAAUCAGGUGAGGUUAAACUCAGACCUGAAGCUAGGAAACGCCUUCUGAGUUAUAUCAAUGAGGAACCCCAGGAUGCUAACGGUUAUUUCAAUCUGGGCAUGCUCGCCAUGGAUGACAAAAAGGAUGCUGAAGCAGAGGUUUGGAUGAAGAGAGCCAUAAAAUUACAAGCAGAUUUCAGAAGUGCCUUGUUUAAUCUGGCACUCCUCUAUUCUCAGACUGCAAAGGAAUUAAUGGCUUUGCCAAUAUUGGAAGAGUUACUCAGAUACUACCCUGAUCAUAUCAAGGGUCUCAUUUUAAAGGGAGAUAUUUUAAUGAAUCAAAAGAAGGAUAUAUUUGGAGCAAAAAAAUGUUUUGAGAAAAUUUUGGAGAUGGAUCCAGGCAAUGUGCAAGGAAAGCACAAUCUUUGCGUUGUUUAUUUUGAAGAGAAGGACUUAUUAAAGGCUGAAAGAUGCCUCAUUGAAACAUUGGCUUUAGCACCUCAUGAAGAGUAUAUUCAACGCCACUUGAAUAUUGUCAGAGAUAAAAUUUCCUCAGCUAGUUUUGUAGAACAGCCAGUAUUCCCAACUUAUGAGACUUCAAGUGUAGGACACAAAAUUCCAACUGAAAAUGGAAAAGAAGUCAGAAGUGAGCCCAAACCCACCCAGACCAUAAAAGCAAAUAGUGAUAAAAGUCCAUCUACACCCAACAGACAAUUAGAAAAAAAUACAGACAAAGAGACUCCCCACAAAACAACAGAAGAAAUCAAAGACAUUGAAAAGAAAAGAGUUGCUGCUUUAAAAAGACUAGAAGAGAUUGAACGUAUUUUAAAUGGUGAAUAGUAUUACUGUUAUCAUGUUACAGUGGUAUCAAAGAACUUCAGUCUAUAUCAUGUGGUUGUACUGGUAGUUUUGACAAAUAGCAAGACUAUGUAAUAAUUUAUCAGGAGUUGCCUCUACAUAGGAUUUUCAUUUUAAAAAAAGAAAUGAAAAGAUUUUCAUUAAAAGCCCUGUCCUGACCCAUGAUCUGUAUGAGAUAUAACAAUGAGGUUGUGUGUUGUAGUAAAUAUAAUAGGAAUACUAAAUUAACAGGUGGUAAAUUUACAUCCUGUGUUAAAGAAGGGAAUGCCCUUCUGUCAGAAACUGCUACCAAUUGAAAAUAAUUUGAGAUCUAAAUUAUAAUCCCUUGUGAAGAAAUUCAACAUACACUGGUAAAUUCUAUAUAGUACCCAAUAGUUUAUUUCAUUUUUCCUUUACCAUUUGGAAUCUGGUUUUAUUUACUGAAUAUUUUUAAAACAUUCUUUUUUCUUCAGUAAUCCAUGUGUUUAGCCUUGAGACUUGCACUACAGAAGAAUACUAACUUUCUUUUUGUUGUGUUGUUGAUUUUUUUUCUGAAGUAAUACUGAAUAAAACAUUUGAAAUAAGUAAUAUGAUUUUAGCCUAAGAAUACACUUGUAUAAAUGUUUACUUGUCUGUAAGUUCAUUUGAGAUGCAAUUUUUAAGCAGGUUAAGGUUUUAUACACACACACACACACACACUUCUUAUGGUGCUUAUAUAUGUUGUUUAUUUUUUAACAUAUCAGGAGUUCGAAACAUGAAUUGCAUAAUCGUGGAUUUUUUUUUUUCCUAUUCCCCAAACUAUUCCUGUUGCUUUGGGCCACAGUCAUAUUGAAAAGCAUUAUUUUAAACUUUUGAGUCAUAACACAGUAGAUUUCUUUAUCAUUUUAGGGUUAUCUAGCUGGUCUUAUUUGGAAUUUUAACCUUUGUAUUUCAAAAAAUGACACCUAUCUGAUGCCCGUUAUAACUAAAUGAAAUUAUAUUACUGAAGAAAAUAUGUUAAUUCUAAGAACUAAGUUCUGCACUAUCCUGCUGUGGUGUAUAUUAUUAUUGAAUACUUAUUUUGACUACUGAGCUUUUACAAAAAUUUUAAAGCCAUUUUAAUCCCUUCAAUUAUGGAAAAUAAAGCCUCGGUGGCAGCACUGUCAGGUGGCCUCAGACUGCUCAUCACAAAGAGCAGGUCAAACCCACCUGCCACAGCGUGAGAGAGAGAGGAGGCGAUCUGCUUCUCCGAAAAUGGACAGCCUCAGACCCCUCUGUAGGGUCACCCCACCUUGAGUCCAAAUGGACUCAUUGGCACUUAGUCCAUUUUAUCCUCGUAGAGAAUUAGGAUCUGUUUCAACUGAUUUCGAAAAAUAUAAACCUGAAAAAAAUGCUAGGUUGAAGAGUUAUCAGAUUUAUUCAUUCAUAUAUGUUUCAUAAUAUCUAACAAGUUUAGUUCUAAUUUACAAUGUUAAGAGCUCAAGCUAUUCUAGGAUGGUAACUACUUCUAAUUAUGUAGUAUUUCACAAACUAUUCCUUUGAGCUAACUACUUUCUAAUUAUGUGUGCUUCAAAAACUAUAUUCCUGUAAUACUUUUAAAGAAAUGCUUUAUAAAUAGGUCACAAGAAAACAUGGACUGCAUAAAGACAUGUUCUGCCUGGGGUCCCCAAAGAUCUGUCAUAGAUUUCUUUUACAGAGUUUAAAGUAAGCACUGACUCCGGUGAGAGUUCAUUUUUGAUCCAGGAGAUUCUCAAAGCAAUGCCUACCGUAUAUACUCGAGGAUAAGCUGACCUGAAUUAUCAGCCGAGGUACCUAAUUUUACCACAAGAUCUGCAUUAAAAAUGUGCUGAGAAAUUCGGCAUAUACUCGAGUAUAUUCAGCUCCUACAUUAUGGCUUGAUUGCAG